UUUACGAGUAGAAAACAACGUGCUCGCUGACACAAUCAACAUUCGCGUAAAACAAAAAGACUGUCUUCGAUUUUGAGAUAAAUUUCGUCAAUAAAGGCUACUCUUUCGAGAUUUUGAGCUGUUAUUCUUCAAGAGCGUAAAGUCAAAAUGAGAAGACCGUCCAGCCUGCUUGUAUUGCUUCUGAUGUGCGCCGCUGUUCUCAGAACUUGCGUGGCUGUCAGAUUCUUAACAUUAGAAGAGUUUCUGCGCAAUCAUGAGCAGCUCCAGAACCCCGACUCUGAAGAGGAGCAUCAGACUGAAGAGAUGGAGUUACAGGAAGACUUUCUCUCCAUCUCAACUACUACCGCCACCACCACCCACCGGCCGUCCACUGCCCCACCCCAGAACCACAGGGGACACCAUCACUUCGAUCUAGAAGAGGAGGACGGCAGCGGGUCAGAAUUUGGCGAGACCACGACACUUGCGGCGACGCCGUCAACCACAACGAUGAUGAUGCAGGAGACCGAGGAGCCGACGACGACACGAAGGAUGACAACCUGCUGUCGGCUUGGAGAAGAGGCAGGCCUGAAGAGACAUCACUGUAACCCAGACAACUACCUGCCAAGACUCCUAAGGAACCAGAAUCGGGGUCACAACUUCAAGCAAACCAACAAACAACCCAGCCAGCGGAGGUCCCAGUUUGACAAGUGCGUCUCAGGGGUCAUCCGGAGGCUGUCUGAUGAAUUCAGGGUGUGCUGCGAGGAAGCCUACAAGAGGAUGUUGCAGUCGGAGACUGGCGAAGAGAUUCACCAUGGCGACAGAACACAUCUUUUAGAGAUCCCAAUCGACAUAUAGAAACACUUGAGCUCAGCAACCUCAAAAACCUACGUAUUGCAUAGCGUUGAUUUUAUCACCAGUUUAUGUAUGAUCCACCGACAAACUUGUCGCAGACACUGACAGGGUUGUAGUCCAUCACAAAUCAAAUCACAAGUCCAUUCACAAGUCCAGCCACAAGGUACAGGAGAUGAACAAGGAAAUGCCAUGGGCCUUAUUCACGAGUUGGCCAUUUUUGUAUAGAGUUCCUGAAUGCAUUCAUUACAUUUAAUUGUUAACUGUUUAAUGGGAUGGCGCCAGACCUUUUUUUGCAGGCACAAUGCAGUCUUAUUUUACUGUCAUUUUUUUGAAAUACGGCUUUAAACAUUAGGGAAUGCUUAAUUACAAAUGUUAAAUUAUUCAUUGAAGCAGACUGGAAUUUAUUAUACAUUAAUUUGUUUUCAUUUCUCUUCGCAAGUUCAAAAAAUGAAGAUAUUACCUAACUUUCAAUUCAAUAUGGCCGACUCAUGAAUAAAGCCCAUUGUCACGAGUCAUUUUAAUAACCUGCGACUUAAUUUUUGGGACUGGAUGGCUUUUGAUUGACUUGUGAUUGUCUUGUGAUGGAAUUGACUACAACUUUAGACACUGUCACAAUACCUAGGUUUGCAUUGUUAGAGUUAACUUUGCCAACUUAAAUGGGAGUGCCAUUUUCUACCGAAACACGCUCUUAAACUGCACCUAGGGUAAAACAUUUAUCGGCAUGCCACGCUUAAUAUACUACUCUAAAGAAAAACACUCUAUAAAAUAUCUACUUAACACUUAUGGAAUGUGUAUGAAAAUAUCAACCGUAUUACUAAUCAAAGAUUAAGGAUAACGAUCUUCAAAAGAAUGUUUCAAAUAAACACUGUCUUAAAAGUAUUUGUUUAUGUAAGCACACCAAAGUAUAUUUAUAUUAGAAGUAUAUUUUUUCUUUCAUUUGAAUAUAUAUUUGAUAUAUUGUACAUAACGCAGUUGUUGACUUUGACUGCAUUUUGUUUGUUGAUUUUUGUGUGAAUAUGGACAUGGAGAUAUGUGGAAAGAAUACGUCAUGUCCGGGGAGAGAAAAACCGUCAUCUACAAUCCAUUGCAGGACUAAAUUAGAAAAUUCAGUUAAUGUAUGAAAAUGUAAAAAACACCCUCUGAUAUUUGUUGAGGACUUUCACUACUGCACAGGGCAAAAGGUCCAUAAAGUCCAGAAAUUUCAAAACUGUUGCACUGACGAAUUGAUUUUGGAAAAAUACCAGUAUCUAGGGAAUAUCCACUUGCAUACAAGCGUCUAUGAUAUGUACACAGAUCCGGUUAUUCAUUAUGCAAAACUUCCAGAUUCUAACCAUUCAGCGGGCGCCUUCUAUCGGGUCUUCGGUAACCCUUUGUUGUAUUUAAAAACAUGGCAGCAAAUUGAGCAAUCAACAGCUUAGUUCAGUUUCUGCACGAAAUGACGUCACAAUUUCUCUAAUUGACUUUGAUUGGCUGCUGGGGGGUCGUAUAAAUUUGCAUCGCGUACAUAUAUCGGGCAUUGUUGCGGAGAUAGCGUGCGGGCACCAUUGAACAACGGAUGAUUUUAACUAGAAACCCAGUGAUCCCCACUAACAAUUUUCUUUUCAUUUUUUAAAGCAAAAACUGAGCAUUCUGUUUUUGUAAGAAAUUAUUGUAUCAGACUAAAACAUUGAACCAAACAACAAUCUUUCCCACACCCACGGGAUUAUUCCCAAGAGAGGUUAUCAGGGAUUUAUCUUACGUUGCGAAAACAGUAAAUCUUCUGAACAAAUACCCUAGGAAAAUGGCAGAGUGAUUAAUUUUUUUUUGGUGGAUCACGUGUCCGUGUUUUUGUUUGAUUUGACGAUAGCAGUAACUUAUCUAAAGGUAUUAAGACAAAAUUACGCAAACACCUGUUUACUCAAGAGAGAUUUGAAGAGAAAACCGUACCAAAAAUACUUUUGCGACUACGAUAGUCUGGGAUAUCGCAAAUUACAAUUAUUGCCUGUUAGUGUAUGAUAGGACUUCAUUGUAAAUAUUUUGGGUAAAUAUUGUGAAAAAUGUACAAAUGUAAGCAAGUUGGAGAGGGGGAAUAGUGAGAUUAAUAGAUUAUACAAUUCAAAAUUCAUAUAAAAUGAUGGACAAUAAAGAAGUUACUCAUAAUAAAGAAGUUUACUCAAACACAAGCUUUUAUUCCUAGCAUUCAUGAUGUAUAAUAACAAUUUCUAACUUAAAAAAAAUUAAAACUUAACACACACAAAAGUUAUAUUGCAUGAACCUUCCCCGCCUUAAUUGUGUGAUAAACAAAUAGGAAAAUUAAUGGCAAAACUGUACAGUUCAUUUACAGAUUUCAGUUUUUUCGUCUUGCAUGUGCUUUGCUAUUGCACAUACCUCUGUAUAAGUGUUUACAAUUGUACAUAACAAAUAAUUGAAAAUAUAUUUUCGUUCCAAAAUGAUUAAAAGGAGUUCAAGAACUCUUUUUGUUGUGUAGAGGUGUGUACAUGUAUUGAGCAGAUCUGUACUUAAAAAGAAAAAAAAAACGACAUUCAAAUGGCGAAAUUGCUACUGAUAUUUAUCAUUUUGUCCUUAAUAAUUCAUUUGUCCUUGAUUAUUUGAUUCAACAAGGAUUUCAAAUUUACAAUUUUGGAAAAAAGAAUUUCAAAAAUAAGUCCGCCAAGUUUUCCGUUGACUGGGGUCAAAAUCUGCACAACAUGAAAUCAAGUAAAAGAUGCUAAAAAUACAAUUAAGUUGCAUAAAAAUUAUUUUUUAAAAGUUUGAUAUUUUGAUGGAAGGUUUCUUGCCCAUAUAAUAUACCAUCAUGAACAAAAUCGACUUAAGGUUGUAGGCUAGUAAAUAGGUCCAAUAUUGCCUACACCGGCCGAAUCACAAUUAACAUGCCCUCAGAAUCUCUAAAGAAAGAAUGUUGCAAUCUGACGCCACUUUGUUCUUCACAUAUCACCUCAAUAAAGGUCCGUCAUUGCAAAUACAUGUAUGGUGAAAAGACAUAAAUCUGGGACUGAGAAACAUUUUCAAUUUUAGGAAAUACUUGGAACAUUUUCUUGACUCGCCAUAGACUUUGUACACAACCGCUGAAGUGGCGUCAGGAUACGACAUUCUUUUCAUCUCUGCCAUUAGAGAAUUGUAGUGGGCCAUGAACUU